AUGAUCCACAUAUUAACAAUAAUGGGCGUUUACUGCGUACCUCACUCAGGCCUCACUUGGGUGAUUUCUACUGCCCUAGUCGCCUGCUAUAACGGGAAGACUCUAUCAGCCUUUGAUGCUGUCAAUUCCCACCGCUACGCUUAUCCCACCGGCCUGCUGAACGUUCUCACCACGCCUCUCACGCUUUUGGACCCUCCAGCGCCAUCACUGGUAUACUUGCUCCCACGCUCAAGCUUCAACAUGGGUCGCAAGUGUUCUAAACUCUCUACCGUCAGCAAAGUCAAGGAGGCCGUCGUGCAAUCCAGUGGUAAUCUCAAGACUCUGCGCUCCAACCUUACAAAGUUGGAGCAGGUCCAGAGUCAGCUAGCUGACAAUGCUACUGCAAGACAGCUCCUUGCUGAGGCAGCGCUUGAGGCGGGCACUGUGAACAAUGCAAGUGCUGACACCCAGUACCCGGACUACGCUGACAUGGACUUUAAUAUGGAUCAAGAAGAAGACUACAUAGACGAGGAGGAUGGGCCACAGGAGGAGGAAGACGAGAGAGCAUCAGAAGGCAAUGGUGGAUACGAGGGCUCAGCAGUUGAUGCUGCACGAGCUCGUGUCAUAUAUUGUUUUCAAGGUAGACAUCACCACCGCUGGCCACCACGCAGUCGACUUCAGCGUAACCGGCAAUGUCACAGCGCAUGGACGUCGCAAAUGCCAGCCCUCAUUGCAGGCUACUUGCGCUGGAAGCAUCGCAAAGCCAUACCCAUACCCAAUGUUGAAGCUGGAAUGUUCAAGUUCGAUGUCAGCACAGUUGAUAUUCUAGUGUCCACACCUUUGAUAUCCGCCUGGCACAAACCAUCCUUCAGUGUACAGGCCAUGGUCAAAGUAUUAUGUGCCCUUCACAAUCGCUCAUAUUUUCAAGCGCUGCGGGAUCAAUUCGCAAUUGCUUUUGAUGCAUAUCUCGACAUUUUACGGCGCGUUCAAGAAUUAGUCAACAUUGCAUUGAAACGUGAUGGUCCUCAUUGGCGCAUGCUUCACUCGUGCCCUGCAUGUGAUUACAAGCAAGAGAAUGAGCCAACAUUGAUCCCUGCGAGGAUGGACAGUAUGGACGGCAAUAGCUCAUUGAAACGGGUUGAUGGCUCCGGACAUGCUGACGACCGUGUCUUCAAAACAUCCUAUUUGAUUUCUCCUGACGAAGUCGACACAUUCAAGGAUGAUGUGCGACUGCGGCCAGGAACACGUGGCACAGCCAUUACUGACACAGCGGGAGGCACCACUCCAACUGGUGUUUCAGAGUCUGCUUGCACCGACAAUUGGAAGACCGCGAACACGAUUUCUGACAACACUGUCAAAACCUUGGCUGAGAUGCGGCGAAGCGGGGAACUUGCCAAAUAUGCUCUCGCGACAACAAAUAAAGUUCUUGAUGUUUAUGGUCUGGAUGGAGUAAUGGGAUACGACAUUGGAUGUUCCUAUCAGAAGACUGUUGAUGCCAGCUCUAUCUCCGCCAAGGCACGCUCCAACCAUCAUCGCUUCAUUGUCAAUUCGUUUCAUGGACACACACACAACCGCCGGUGUCAACUUCAAUUCCAUCCUCUAUAUCAACAUGGACUCGGUCUUGAAGACCUUGAAACUUCAUCGACCUUCAUUUUCAGCAAUGGGAUUCCAAUAGGUACAUUCUUGUAUAACAACUACCAGCAAGCCCUCGCGAUCAUUGAUGACCUAAGCCCUGCGGUCGAGGAAUUAAAGUUAGCACUGAAGAUUUCGGAUGGAGACUUUGAGCGCUGGAAUAUGGAAGAGCUAGAAUUUCUGGAGAGCCUGACGGAGGAAACGGAGGAGGACAUUGACGCUAUGACUUAUGUGGACGCAUUACAAUCACUCACCAGAGCAGAAGCUGCAUAUGGUAGCAUUACGACGGUACAAUUUCUGACUUACACUCCUGCAGAUUUCACCCCUUCCCAUGGUCUCCAAAAAAACCAACAGGUCUUUGCGAGGGCUCGAGAAGCUGAACACCAUGCAGCUCAUCGCAAAUUGGUUCUUGAAAUGAACAUCGUUGACGACAUUGAGCGCCGCAUGGGAAUUACGGCAAGAUGGCAACCACAGGACGCUAAAUAUCAGGAGGGUUUAGCAUAUCUUACCAACCGGCAAUUUAUUUGUUCCGUUGAGCAGUUGCAGGGCCUCGUCAUCCAGAGGCUCUUUGAGUUGGCCAAAGCGAACAUCGCCGGCACAGGUUACAAACACCGUCAACACAUCUCAAACGCUAUCAGUUGCCGGUCAGCAGCCAUCCGAACAGCCCUUGAAAAAUACAAUCAGCUUGCCAUUGUUCAAACGCCACCACGAGAAGUCUUAGAAUUCAGUGAAAUUGCAUCAUAUGCUUGGCUAGGCAAGUUUGACCUGCUCAAGCAUUCGCGUCAUUGUAUACUUGAGAAGCCAUUCAACGUGCUCAUGAAGAAGUUCGACAGUCUCAAUGUUGAAGUCGCGCGACUAUCUGCUUGGGUAGAUCACAAAGAUGCCCACUUCAAAGCAACAAUUGAAUCAUUGGUCGAAUCAGAUCCAACACUCUCGCACGAGAUCUCUUGCAUGUAUGAGGAGCGCAGACGAGUGAAUGAUGUGCAUCGGAGAAGAAUUCAUGCUAUUUCUGAGCUCCCUGGUGUCAUGAAUGUUACCAACUGCAUCUAA